AUGCUGUCGUGUGUGUCCUUAAAUUCUAAAGAUAGUUUGGAGGAGUUUCUGUAAUUGUAUCAGUGCAAAGAUUCAAAGAAAAAAACCAUAUUGAAAAAAGAACGAGAAAUCGUCCAAUACUUAAAAGGGCUAGGUCUUCAGAUGAAAACUGACCCUCUGUUAAAGUUAUAACGAAUCGCCAAGUAAAUCGCACACACUAAAAUAGUUUUACCAUUUAAAAAGAUGUAUCACCUAAUCCAAAUGAGGAAAUUGUUCUAGAGAGGAAACAAUAAAACGAUGCAGAAGAUGAAUUCAACAUUUCAAACAACCCUUUAAUCAAAAGAGGAAGUCGAAGAAUCAUUCGCACCUACUCUUUCGAAAAUAAGGACCAAUUACUAAAUGACAAUGUUGAACCACAUCAUUUUGACUGA